UUAGUCAUGCAGCAUCGUGGGGAGAAUAAUAUCUUACAUUGCCAGAAUAAAUAUAACUUUGGAUAAUUAGCUGAUGUUAUAGUCACGAAUGUAUUGGAUAGAUCGUUUCCCCAGAUUGAGGCAUAGCGGAAGUACUGUGUACAGCUUUUACUUAUCUGGAAAUCAUGGAACAAAGAGGAUUCAGGUCAUGGAGGCAGCGACGGCAGUGGGUCGUAUUCAUGGUUGCUUUGGUUCUCUUUUGGAGCGGGGCGUCGGCACAGUUAAGAUACUCCAUCUCUGAAGAGCUUAAGGAAGGAACUGUCGUGGGGAAUAUAGCUAAGGAUUUGGGAAUAGAUCUGAGAACCUUGAAGGAGAGGGGAUUUCGAAUCGUGUCGGGCUCGACCGAGCCCCCUUUCCAGGUGAACCAGAAUGACGGCAUCUUGUAUUUGCACCGAAAAAUAGACCGAGAGGAGGUGUGUGAACGGAGCAGCGUGUGUUUGAUCAACAUGAAAACCGUUCUGGAGAACCCGCUGGAGAUCCAUUAUGUCUCAGUGGAGGUGUUAGAUGUUAACGACCAUUCUCCCAGCUUUCCUGAGAAAGAGAAACGGUUAGAGAUAUUUGAGUCAGCCUUACCAGGGGCGCGAUUUCAGCUCCAGGCUGCCCGGGACCCAGACGGUGGGAUAUAUUCUGUUCAACAAUAUAAACUCAGCCAAAGCGAUCAUUUCCGUUUAGAAGUAAAAGACCGUGGAAAGGAUGGUAAAAUCCCUAUCUUAAAUCUCCAGAAACCACUAGAUAGAGAAGCUUUGAAAAGGCAUAAAUUACUGCUCACAGCCAUUGACGGAGACAAACCUCCCAAGUCUGGUACUAUAGAAAUAUUAGUGGACGUUUUAGAUGUUAAUGAUAAUAUGCCUGUUUUCACUAAAGAGUUAUACUCUGUGACGCUAAAUGAAAAUUCUCCUAUUGGCACAACGGUCAUACAAGUCAACGCUACGGAUUUGGACGAGGGUUCAAACGGUGAAAUCAUUUAUUAUUUUGGUAGUAAUGUGAACAGUAAGUUACGAGAACUUUUUGAAGUAGAUGCUAUCUCUGGUGAGAUAAUUGUCAAAGGAUGGAUCGAUUUUGAAAUAGAGGACAGCUAUGAGAUUGAUAUACAGGCAUCGGAUAAGGGAUCUGCUCCCCUGACAGCAGACAAAAGCGUAACAGUAAAGAUAGUUGACCUGAAUGAUAAUGCACCUGAGAUAGAGGUGACGUCCUUUUCUAACGCAAUCCCCGAGGAUUCUAGACCCGGUACCACUGUAGCACUAAUCAGUGUCAGUGAUGAGGACUCUGGUCUCAAUGGGAAACUUCUCUGUUCUAUAAGCGAUGGCGUCCCGUUCACUCUAACGCCGUCUUCACAGGAUAACAUGUAUUCGGUAGUCACCAAGUCACCUCUGGAUAGGGAAAAACAGUCUGAAUAUGAUCUAACAAUCGUUGCGAAAGAUGUAGGCCAGCCGUCCCUGUCAUCCGUAAAGACUAUUAGUGUUGUGGUAUCAGAUGUGAAUGAUAACAGUCCAGAGUUUUCAAUGAGCCCCUAUACUUUCUAUGUCACUGAGAAUAACCACCCAGGCGCCUCAGUAUUUUCAGUAAGUGCAUCUGAUCGUGACAUAAAUGAAAACGCACUUAUUUCAUAUCAUAUUCUGAGAGACGGUGGUGACGAUAAUAAAUGGGCAUCUUUCCUCAACAUAAAUUCAGAAAAUGGAAACAUUUUGGCGCUAAAAAGUUUUGACUUUGAAACCCUCAAAACAUUUAAAUUCCAAGUUGUAGCUACAGACUCUGGAAUUCCGUCACUAAGCAGCAACGUCACAGUGAAUGUGUUCAUUCUGGAUCAGAACGACAACGCUCCAGUGAUCUUGUAUCCAGUCAGCGCUAACGGUUCCACUGAAGGUGUGGAGGAGAUUCCCCGCAAUGUGAACGCAGGCCAUUUGGUGACUAAAGUUAGAGCCUAUGACGCUGAUAUAGGAUAUAACGGCUGGUUAUUAUUUUCACUGCAGGAAGUUACUGACCACAGUCUCUUUGCCUUGGACCGUUAUACAGGACAGAUAAGGACACUUCGGUCGUUCACAGAGACAGACGAGGCUGAGCAUAAACUGGUCACACUGGUAAAAGACAAUGGGAACGUUUCACUCUCAGCAACAGCUACUGUGAUUAUCAACGUUGUGGAGCCCAAAGAGGCUUUUGCAGCUUCUGAUGUUAAAAGCGCAGAAAAAGACGAGGAGGAGAACAACAUUACAUUUUAUUUGAUCAUAACUUUGAUGUCAGUUUCAGCACUUUUUAUAAUCAGUAUCAUCGUGUUGAUUGUAAUGCAGUGCUCCAAAGCCCCAGACGAUUCCUCCAAGUAUUUACAAGAUGUGAAUUACGACGGGACACUGUGCCACAGCAUCCAGUACCGAUCCGGAGACAAACGGUACAUGUUAGUUGGACCCAGAAUGAGUAUAGGUUCUACUAUUGUCCCGGGCAGCAAUGGGAAUACUCUAGUGGUACCGGACCACAGGAGGAGAGCUUCUGGAGAGGUAAGAAGUUGA